AUGUCCAACGAUGUUGUGAGAGAUAGGUUUCUAGCGAUUAUGCAGUCGAAGUUGUAUACGCAGUUCAAUGCUGAAGAGACUGCUAAACUGCACGGUGAAUUAUCCGUAUUUCUGCAAUAUAAUGAAGUGUCAAUCAAGGAGACGGAUUAUCUUUCAUUGUGCGAGAUGUUAUUCUAUCUUUGUGUCUAUUUGUCGAAGGAUGUUGAUGCCCAGAUCAUUUACAACUCAUUGAGGGAUAGAUUAGGCGAGAAUUCUGCUAAAUUGCAAGUGAUGAAUGCCACAUUGUUACAAAUCAAUGAAAAUGAUACGAUCGCCAGUAAGUAUCUAGAAAAAUUAAUAAGAGACUCAUAUGAAUAUGAUUCUGAUUCUAGGAGCUAUCUCAUCGUAGCUAAGAAAUUACUCUCAUUGAAAAUAGGCAAGUUAAGUAACGAAAAUGAAAUUCUCAAAGAGUUAAUCUCAUUAGUGGAGAAAUUCCCGUUAGAUGCAGAGUUAUGGUGUUACAUGGGUGAAAUUUAUUGGAAGAUGGGACAACUCAGUCGUUCAAUAUACUGUUUUGAAGAGGUUCUCGUUAUAAUGCCCUUCAAUUAUGUCAUCUUUAGUAGAAUCGCUGAAUUGUACUAUUACAAAGCACGUCGUUUAGAUAAGGGUAAACAGAAGAUGGAAGAAUCAUUGAACAAAGGGUUAAAGAAUGCAUUGAGAUCAGGAGAAUUGAGUGAAUCGUAUCUCAAGGGUUGGUCGCUCGUUGCCACGAUUAGUAAAUUAUUAGGUGACAAGAAAGAUGUUCUUAACGUGGCAACUAAACGACUAGUUGAAAUAUCUAAAAUAUCUAAUGAAAAGGAUAAAAUAACAGCCGAAUAUAUUUUGGAUCAAUUAAGCUUGAAGAAAUAG